GGCUCUCUUUUAUCAUUGUUUGUUGUCUGAAGCUAUCAUUUUUCUAGCAGUGUGCGAAUCAUUUCUGAACAAAGUGUAAAAGCUGAUGCUCAAGCCUUUUAGCACAUGCACAGUACACUAUUUAUAGAGAAAGACAAGUCAUAGUUCCAAUAGAUCCCCUCUCUUCCUUCCUUCAUUUCUCAGGGAAAGAAAAAAGAGACUUUAAAAAAUUACUACACAAGCCCCCAAGGUUUUUUCUUCUUUUUUUUGUUUUUUGAUUGAUCAAGAUGGAUCUCACUGUAUUAUCGCCUGUACCUACCAAAACAACCAAAACAGCAAAUGAACGCAUGCAAAUUGACGGUGAAGAAGCUCACUUGGUCAAUCCUGGUGAGACAGUAACGAUGGAUCAACAAUUCAUGCGAGGUCAUGGUACCUAUACUGAUGGAGAAGGCGCCGUCAUUUCAUCUGUGACAGGUGUUGUAGAAAAAGUCAACAAGUUAUUAUCCGUCAGACCCUUAAAGACUCGAUAUACUGCUGAAAUUGGUGAUAUUGUCGUUGGUCGCAUCACUGAAGUGGCCAUGCGACGUUGGAAAGUCGAUGUCAAUUCUAAACAGGAUGCCAACCUUUUACUCAGUUCUGUUAGUCUUCCAGGAGGUGUUCAGAGACGUAAAAACGAAGCCGAUGAACUCCAAAUGAGACAAUUCUUUGCAGAAGGAGACGUGUUAGUGGCUGAAGUGCAGACGUUCUAUUCAGAUGGAACCAUUGGACUUCAUACGCGUGGAUUCAAAUUCUGUAAGCUACGAAACGGUUCCUUUAUCUGUGUGCCGCCUGUACUGGUGCAACGAUGUAAGUCGCAAUUUCACUCACUUCCUUGUGGUGUGGAUGUUAUUCUUGGCUUAAAUGGAUAUAUCUGGGUACAUAAGAAGUUUGAGGGAUUAUCAGGCGAUGAUAACGAUGCUUCUGUUCAAUACUCAAGCAUAAAUGAUCCUGUUACUGAGGAUGAACGACAGGAAAUUGCUCGUGUUACGAACUGCAUUGCAGCAUUGGCUAAACAAUAUAUGCACAUUAACGAUUCAAUUAUUGUAUAUACCUAUGAAGCUUCAUUAGAGUACUCAGUCAAGGAGUUACUGAAACUAGACGUUAUUGAAGCAAUCACAACAGAAGCCAGUUUAAGAGUGAAUGCAGCUUAAUAUCACACCUUGUAAAUAUACUUUAUUAAAAAGAUGAUACGAUUAUCUUGUUCUUUAUGUGCUUUCUCUUUGUUCUUUCAACAUCCACGUUUCAGGGGAUAUUGAACCAGAUGCGGUUGCUUCAUCAAUCA